AUGCAGGAAAUUCUGCAAGAGGAGAAAGACCUGUCUGAGAUCGCCUCUUUGGCUGAAAGCGACAAAAUCACUCUGGAGGUAGCGCGUCUCAUCAAGGACGAUUUUCUGCAGCAAAACGGCUACUCUGAUUAUGACAGAUUCUGCCCCUUCUACAAGUCCGUCGGCAUGAUGCGCAACAUAAUCAGCUUUUACGAUCAGGCACGACACAUUGUGGAGGCCACAGCACAAGCACCCAACCGUGUCACCUGGGCG